AUGGAUGUCUUCUGGGCAGCCCCGCCUGUGUCCAGGACUCUGACGGCCUUGACCUUUGUCCAGUCUGCUCUAGUUUAUGGUGGUGCACUGAGUGGAUAUCAUGUUGUCUUCCUGCCACGCAACCUUCUCAAACUGCCGCCGCAGAUCUGGCGGUUGGCCUCUCCCUUUCUACUAACUGGCCCACAAAUCAGCUUCAUUUUUGAUCUUUACUUCAUGUACCACUACGGCACUGCGUUGGAGACCAGCUCGCCUCGGUUCAGCCGGCCUGGUGAUUUCCUCACCUAUGUGGUCUUUGUAGCAUCUACCAUCUUGCUCACUGCAGGUUGCUACUUGGGCGGCGUGAUCUUUACGUCUGCAUUGAUUCUCGCCUUUGCCUACACCUAUGCCCAGGACAACCGAGGCAAGAAGGUGAUGUUUUUCAUCGUUCAAAUCCCCGUCGAGUACCUACCGUGGGCAAUGCUCACGAUGACGCUGGUGAUGGGUGGGUGGCCGGCCGCUCUGAACGAGAGCAUGGGAAUUGUCGCCGCCCACUUGUAUGAUUUUCUCACCCGCAUCUAUCCGACAUUCGGCGGCGGAAGAAACUACAUCACCACACCAACUUUUAUGCACCGACUCUUCAAUACCAACACUGUGCCCACUGGAAACCGGUCAUAUAGGACCGCCUACCGCACCCCGCAACCAUCUCAGGCGUCCUCAGGUCGGGGCUGGACGUCCUCCAUUCAAAAUCCCUGGGGUAGUCGAGGCGCCGGCCGGAGACUCGGGGGUGAUUAG